UGUUCUUUGCAGGCAGUUAUUAUGUUCAUGCUGGCGACUGAUAAUUUAAUAAAGCUCUACUCUUACCUCUUGUCCUUCACAACGCUAUAUCUGUCAUACGUGAUCCCAUCUUAUCUACUAAGCACCAAUCUUAGUGAUAUAUUAUGCUUAUCUGUGAACCUUACUUUUCGGACUGUUCUCGGCGGCAGUAUUUUUUUGCCUGCAAAUCGUGGUCAAGCAUGCAUAUGUCCCCCGAAAAUCGGAUGCAUGCAUUAUUGGACCCAGUUCUGCUCUCCCUCUUUUUUGUGACUGGAUUCGGACAUAUACCGCUUGUGAUUUUUGUCCCACUUGUGAUUUCACUUCAUUACUCACUGAUCAAGUCGCUACCCAAGCUGUACAGUUUUUUGAUACUUUCUUGGGGAGAAACGAAGAGGGUACAAAAUGAGUAUGGAUUAUCACAUUUGAUUCAAGUCGAAUCUGGAAGAUUGCGGAUCAAUACCGUUUUUUCGUCUCUUCUGGAUGACCAGAGCUGCUUACGAUGCAUUUUUCCGCUGCUGUGAUGAACCAUUGAGUUUAAUCAUUCGAAAUGUAAUGGUUCAUGGAACGGAGACAUUCACGGGAAUCGUUGGAUUGACUGUGACAGUUGCAGCUGUUUGUCAUCAAAUUGGAGAUUUCUUGCUUUGGCUGCUCUAUUUUGGGAACAAUAAUGAGGUAGACCUCAAUAGAUUUGGAUCUAUUUCCACCGUCUUAUUCUUCAUUUUAAGUCUGCAAUCCGGAUUGACAUCACUAGAUCCUGAAAAACGACUUGAUAGACUCUUAAAAAAUGUCGCACUCCUUGGAACUGCCUUAUUUCACGCUCUUCAUCAAUUGAUUGCUCCGCUACUACACGCAUUUCGAAGCUUCCAGGCCGUUCAAAUUCGGGCUGCAACAUUGUCUUGUGUGUUUUUGUGUCUUUCAUUUUGUUUAACGGUUUCAUUGCUUCGAUGGACUUCAGUUUCAACCUGGUCAUUAGCAGUGUUAGCACUGGCAAUCGAGUUUAAAAUCAAAGUCAUCAUUUCCCUUGUAAUCUCUAUGGUCGUCUACUUGUCCCAACUUGUCCAAUACCCAGACGUCGUAGAAAAAAUUGUAUCCUUCUUUAGACGAAUUCUGCCUCGUGUCGUGAUGCAUUUUUUCGACAAAAUGUAUGACCAGAUAUCACAUGAAGACAUGGUGUUUUAUUUGAAAACCGUUGCAAAUAUUGCCGAGUUUAUUACCGGAAUAUUCCUAUUUCUCAACGCUGUAUGGAUCUUCCUCUUUGAAUCAACCAGUGCAAUACGUGCUAUUGGGAUGUCAAUUCAUGCUUACUUUAAUAUAUGGUGCGAAGCUCAAAAGGGAUUCAGAAUUUAUAGUCAAAGAAAAACAGCUUCCAAAAAAAUCAUGUCCUUGAAAGAUGCUACGGAGGAUCAACUCAAAGUUCGUAAUGACGACGUCUGUUCCAUAUGCUAUGAAGGAUUCGAGUCGGCAAAAGUGACCAAUUGUGGCCAUCUUUUCCACGCUGUGUGUCUUCGCAAGUGGUUAUACGUACAGAACACUUGCCCAAUGUGUCACGAAAUUCUUUAUAAGGAAGACAUCACAGAAGAAGAUAACCCUGAAGAAUUACUACAGCAAGAAGUUCCCAUUCCCCCACCCCCACGACAACAAAAUCGAGCCCACUUAGAUCGCCAUCCCGAUCACAACCAGAAUACAAGUGACAGCGAGGGUGAGUUUGAUGAUCUCAAUAAUCAGCGUCGUCGCCAUCCAGCGGGGGCCGCGAAUAAUAAUGGUGCCAAUAAUCUAAUUUACAACAAUCGAAAUAUUCGUCAACCUCGUGGGGAUCAAGCCAAUCAAUUGGUUUAUCGAGGUACUCGUGACGGGAUAGAGUUUUACGAUGAAGUUGACGGCAACGAAACUGAUGUUGAGGAUAACAAUGAUGAGCUCCACGACAUGGAGGAUGACGACUCAGAUUCCGACUCUUUUGUGGAGUUGGAAGAUUUGGAAGUAUGGAAUCGAGACUUGGAUCGUGACCGUGAGGAUAGGGACCGAGGAGAUGGGGGGAUUCAAGCAGCGAAUGGACGAGGUCUAGUCUUAUUUUUGUAGGGAAGAGUCCCAGUGAAGAUGAAGAUAGCUAGAUAAUAUCAAUGAAUUUAUUAAAUUCUUCCAUUCAAUGCCAUCAGUUCAAAUAUUUUGAGAGUAGUGGCUACUUUGUUUGUACUGCAAAUACCGUUGUCGUCUCAAUCCGCAUUUACACAUAUAUAUGCCAAUAUUAAGACUAGUACAUACAGAGUCCCUUCUUUCCUUCCUUUGUCCCCAGUCCCUCGUCAUUUAUGAAAAUAACUAGGAUAAAUGUAAUUUAUACCUUCUUUGAGUCCAUCCAGCGUAUCCAGAACUCAAUUUUUAUAGUCUGAAAUAGUCAGUGAUUCGUAUCGCCAUAAAAUAAGUUAAUUAUUUUAAUGUAAUAAUAAUGAAUAAUUAUGUAAUUUACUUGUACGUACGUACGACGACGACAUGUUACAAGAUGAGAAACAUUUGUGCACAUGUAAUCAAUCAUAAUAAUAAUAAUAUUGCUAAUGCAUAAAUACUACUUCUGUUGGUCCUCGUUCGCUGGAUUAUUUUAAUGUGUAGUAAUAAGCCAAAUAUAUAUAAAAAGACGUAUUAACAUAAUAUAAAAAGUGCGUCGUCUCAUUGGA